AGACCUUUACUGCAUGGUGUAAUUCACAUUUGAGAAAAGCUGGUACUUCCAUUGAUAACAUAGAAGAAGACUUUCGAAAUGGUUUGAAACUGAUGCUCCUAUUAGAAGUUAUCUCUGGAGAAACUCUACCCAAACCAGACAGAGGAAAGAUGCGUUUCCACAAGAUUGCCAAUGUUAACAAGGCCCUAGACUUCAUUGCCAGCAAGGGUGUAAAAUUAGUAUCUAUAGGUGCUGAAGAAAUUGUUGAUGGCAACUUAAAAAUGACUCUGGGUAUGAUCUGGACUAUCAUCCUAAGGUUUGCCAUCCAAGAUAUUUCUGUGGAAGAAAUGACUGCCAAAGAAGGUCUCUUGUUAUGGUGUCAAAGAAAGACAGCUCCGUAUAAGAAUGUCAAUGUACAAAAUUUCCAUUUGAGUUUCAAGGAUGGUCUGGCAUUCUGUGCUCUCAUCCACCGUCAUCGACCAGAUUUGAUUGACUAUAAUAAGCUUUCCAAAGACAACCCUCUGCAAAACUUGAACACAGCCUUCGAUGUUGCUGAAAAAUAUUUGGAUAUUCCUCGUAUGUUGGAUCCAGAAGAUUUGAUCAACACGCCCAAACCGGAUGAGAGGGCUAUUAUGACGUACGUCUCAUGCUAUUACCACGCUUUCCAAGGCGCUCAACAGGCUGAAACUGCUGCCAAUAGAAUAUGUAAGGUUCUUAAAGUAAAUCAAGAAAAUGAGCGAUUGAUGGAAGAAUACGAACGCCUUGCUAGUGAUCUUCUUGAAUGGAUUCGUCGUACAAUGCCAUGGUUAGAGUCUAGAGUGACUGACAAUUCAUUAGCUGGUGUGCAGAAAAAAUUGGAAGAAUAUAGAACUUACAGGAGAAAACUAAAACCACCGAGAGUAGAACAGAAAGCUAAACUAGAAACUAACUUUAAUACCUUACAAACAAAAUUACGCCUUUCUAAUAGGCCAGCGUACAUGCCAACUGAAGGCAAAAUGGUUUCGGAUAUUGCCAACGCAUGGAAAGGACUAGAACUGGCUGAAAAAUCAUUUGAAGAGUGGCUUCUUUCUGAAAUGAUGAGGUUGGAGAGAUUAGAACAUUUGGCCCAAAAAUUCAAGCACAAGGCAGACAUUCAUGAGGAAUGGACCAGGGGCAAAGAAGAAAUGCUCCAGUCUGGCGACUUUAGGCAGUGUCGACUAAAUGAACUGAAAGCCCUGAAGAAGAAGCAUGAAGCAUUUGAAAGUGACCUAGCUGCACAUCAAGAUAGGGUGGAGCAAAUAGCUGCAAUUGCUGGAGAACUCAAUUCUUUACGAUAUCAUGAUUGUGAAUCAGUAAACAACAGAUGCAAAAGAAUUUGUGAUCAAUGGGACAGGCUUGGUUCGCUUACUCAGCAGAGAAGACAAAAUCUUGAUGAAGCUGAGAAAAUUCUUGAAAAAAUUGAUAUUCUUCAUCUUGAGUUUGCUAAGAGAGCAGCUCCUUUCAAUAAUUGGUUGGAUGGAACAAGGGAGGAUCUUGUUGACAUGUUUAUUGUUCAUACCAUGGAAGAGAUUCAGGGUCUUCUUGAAGCUCAUUCACAAUUCAAAGCAACUCUUGGUGAAGCAGAUAAAGAAUAUACAUCCAUUGUUGGUCUUGUGAAGGAAGUUGAAGCCACAGUCCACAAAUAUCAUAUCCCUGGUGGCCUUGAGAAUCCGUAUACUACACUUACUGCUAAUGAUCUAACAAGGAAAUGGACUGAGGUACGGCAAUUAGUUCCACAAAGAGAUUCCACCCUCCAAGCUGAACUUAGAAAACAACAGAACAAUGAAAUGUUAAGAAGGCAGUUUGCUGAAAAAGCCAAUCAGGUCGGACCUUGGAUUGAAAGGCAAAUGGAUGCUGUUACUGCCAUUGGAAUGGGUCUGCAGGGAUCUCUUGAAGAUCAACUUCAUAGACUGAAGGAAUACGAGCAGGGAGUAUUUGCAUACAAACCUCAUAUUGAAGAAUUGGAGAAAAUUCACCAAGCUGUGCAAGAAGGAAUGAUCUUUGAGAAUAGGUACACUCAAUUCACCAUGGAAACAUUGCGUGUUGGUUGGGAACAGUUAUUGACCUCAAUUAAUAGGAAUAUUAAUGAGGUUGAAAAUCAGAUUCUUACUCGUGAUUCUAAAGGUAUUACCCAAGAGCAAUUAAAUGAAUUUAGAGCUUCCUUCAAUCACUUUGAUAAGAAUAGAACUGGGCAACUUGCACCAGAUGAGUUCAAAUCAUGUUUGGUGUCCCUUGGGUACAGCAUUGGAAAAGAUAGACAGGGUGAAAUAGAUUUCCAGCGAAUAUUAGCUGUUGUGGAUCCAAACAGCUCUGGGUAUGUACACUUUGAUGCAUUCCUAGACUUCAUGACUAGAGAAUCUACAGACACAGACACGGCUGAACAAGUCAUUGACUCCUUCCGCAUUUUGGCUGCUGACAAGCCUUAUAUCCUGCCGGAUGAACUUAGGAGAGAACUUCCUCCUGACCAGGCUGAGUACUGUAUUAAGAGGAUGCCUCCUUACAAAGGACCUAAUGGUAUUCCUGGUGCCUUGGACUACAUGUCAUUUUCUACAGCUCUCUAUGGCGAGUCAGACCUCUAG